GUAGUGUUUCCGUGUCAACAACUCCGCUCUCUCGAGAAGCUUUGUAAAACAUGGCGAACUUAGCUGCUGCCGCUGCUGCUGCAGCCGUCGCUGCAGCUAGAGAUCCCGCCGUAGACCGUUCGUUGCGUUCAGUUUUUGUGGGAAAUAUCCCCUACGAGGCCACUGAAGAACAACUGAAGGAUAUUUUCUCCGAAGUGGGUCUCGUCGUGAGCUUCAGGUUGGUGUAUGACAGAGAGACGGGCAAGCCAAAAGGAUAUGGCUUCUGCGAGUAUCAGGACCAGGAGACGGCCCUCAGUGCCAUGCGGAACCUGAACGGGAGAGAGUUCAGCGGCAGAGCUCUGCGAGUGGACAAUGCAGCCAGUGAGAAGAACAAAGAGGAGCUGAAAAGUUUGGGAACGGGCGCCCCCAUCAUCGAGUCACCGUACGGUGACAACGUGGCCCCUGAGGAAGCUCCAGAGUCCAUCAGCCGUGCAGUGGCCAGCUUGCCCCCUGAGCAGAUGUUUGAACUCAUGAAACAGAUGAAGCUUUGUGUGCAAAACAGCCCACAGGAGGCGCGGAACAUGCUGCUGCAGAACCCACAGCUGGCCUAUGCUCUGCUGCAGGCCCAAGUGGUCAUGAGGAUCGUAGACCCAGAGAUCGCACUGAAAAUGCUCCACCGCCAGGCUCCGGUGCAGCCCCUGAUCCCCAGCAGUCAGGCGGCUCCAGUCCCGGCCUCCAGCCAGCCUCUGCCCCAGCCCAACGUCCCCGUCUCACAGCCCCAGCCCAUGCCUGGGAUGCAUGUGAACGGAGCUCCUCAGAUGAUGCAGCCUCCUCCGAUGGGAGGUGUGCCAGGACCCAUGCCAGGGCAAGGGCCAGUGGGACCAGUAGGAGGGAUGCAACCGCAGAUGGGAAUGCCCCAGGGUGGCCCCAUGCCAAUGGACAGGGGACAAGUCCCCAUGGCCGACCCCCGGGCUCCCAUGAGGGGUGGUAUCCCUCCUCCUGGCCCCACCGGCGUUCCCCCAAGGGGCUUGCUGGGUGACGGACCCAACGAUCCCCGAGGGGGGACGCUGCUCAACGUUACCGGGGAUGUGGUGGAGCCCAGCCGUGGCUUCAUGGGAGCUCCACCACAUCAAGGCCCACCCAUGCACAUGGGUCCCCCAGACAUGCGUGGCCCGCCUCACGAUAUGCGCGGCCCGCCGAUGGGCGAACCCCGGGGCAUGAUGGGAGAGCCCCGGGGACCGCCAAUGAUGGAGCAGAGAGGCCCUCCCAUGGACACCAGAGCACCGAUGCCAGUGCCAGGCGGGCGAGACCCGAGGGCGGUGGAUGCGCGGGGGCCCCCCGUGGCGGGACAGAGGGUCCCCAUGUCCGGUGGCAUGCCGGGACCCGUCCCACACUCGAUGCAGCCUGCCGCCCCACCAGCCAGCAGACAGGGUCCUGGUAUGUCUGGCGCUCCUCAGUCUGGUGGGUACAGCCCCGGCCAGAGCCAAGGGGUCUCAUCUCAAGACCAGGAGAAGGCUGCCCUGAUCAUGCAAGUCCUGCAGCUGACCCCAGAACAGAUUGCCAUGCUGCCCCCGGAGCAGAGGCAGAGCAUCCUCAUACUCAAAGAACAGAUCCAGAAGACUGCCGGAGCACCUUGAGGUGCGUCACACAAUACAGCCAACUCGUUUUGUAACAACCAGGGAGAGACAUGCAUUCACGCACUCCCUUCCUGGAUUAGGAUCCAGAAACAUUCUUCCUCACUGUCUUCGUUUUGUUUUUGACUAGUUGUCUCAUGGUUUUUAAGUAAGAGAAUCAAAUUACCCUGAUGUUAACAUUUAAGAAGAGAUUGUUUAAAGGUUCAUUUUCUUACUGGAAACUUCAAAUUGUCUGUUGUUGAUUUUUGUCAAUAAAAAGAUAAAACAAAU